AUGUCAAGACAAAACUCCAGGGAAAGCCUUAAAAUGCUGGACGAUCCCAAGGUGAGGUCAGAAAACCAAUCAAUGGCCACCAGUCUGCUGACGUCCAAUCUGCAGCACCAGCCUGGCCUGAGUGGAACCCCAGGCACAGAUGGACAAGCAGUUGACGCAGAAGGAAGAUUUUUUUCACUGUGCACUGGAGCGAGCACCCAAAGGCAUCUUGAAAUAGAAAAUCGAAGGAGGAGGAGGAGGACAGGAAAGAGGGAGGAUUUUAGAGGGAGCCCUGGUAUUCCAGGCUCAGUACGUAGCAUGGCUGUACAGAAGAAACAGGGAGUCAUCCCUCCAUCGCAGGGGCCACUUUCUGCACGCACCACUGACAGCCGAAGGGUCGGGAACAGGUCUGAGAGAACAAGAGAGAAUGUCAAACCAGAUUUACAAACAAAGAAAAUAUCUUCUCCUGUCCUCAAGCACAACCAAAUCUGCAACUCCGACUUUUCACGGGCCACUCCAGCUGGAAAUGGACUAAAUGUUGACGAGAGGCUGAAAGCAGCCCGAGAGAGAAGAGAAGAGCACCAGAGGUUACUGGCCUCCAGGGAACGGAGCAGACUGGAGCGGGAACAGCAGGCCAAGCGGUACCACGAACAACAACUGCAGGAGCGCAGGAAGAAACUGCUGGAGCAGAGGCUCAAGGAGGAGAGGAGGCGUGCGGCUGUGGAAGAGAAGCGCAAGCAGAGGCUCAGAGAGGAGAAGGAGCGACAUGAAUCUGCAGUGCGCAAGACACUGGAGAGGAGCCACAAGGUCCAACAGCAGCUCAAUCAGAACUCCAGAGGAAGGAAGCUCACAAAAACUGUUCCACGGGGCUUGCCUCUGACAACAUGGGAGAAGAAUCUGGUCAGUCGCCUCCUCACCCCAACAUGCUCCUAUCUGGCCAGGAGCAAGAGCACAAGAUGUCAGACAGGAGAAGUUGUCCAUGUUUGUCAUCGUGCAGUUUCUCACCACUCCAUGAAUACCCCCACACCCACCAUCUCACACAAACAUCAGCCCGGUUCGGUCAACCACCGACCACCUGCCUCCUCCAGUUCCAACACAAGUCAGCACACGAGCAUCAGUCCAGCACAGACCAAAGUGGCGAGACAACAAGACAGCGUUAAGAAGAAUUCAAACCGUGGCUCAGGCACUAAAUUGUCUGCAGAAAAUGUGAAACAAGCCACAAGUACUCAAAUUAGAACAACCUCCACAUCACCAGAGCGGAGCCCUCAAAGGUCAGUAAGCCGGCACUUGACCCCGCUGCAGCUGGAGCUCUCGUCUGUUCCUGAAGAGGAUGCUGAGGUCUGCGCCUCUGCUGGGAACACCAGGCCCGUCAGGGGACCAGAGAGAGGUCAGCGGGAGAAACUGAGGCCAGACAAUUCACCACAGACUCCAUGCUCCAGCCUGUCUGGCACAAAAACAGAGGACUGGACGGGAACAGCAACACAUGGAAGUCCCCCUCAUUCAGCUCCUGAGGUUCUGAUCCGGUCUUCAGCUGGAAGUUCAGACCUGGAGAAGGCCUCACGUCUUUUGGCUGAAAAGAGGCGAGAGGCUCGAUUACAGCGGGAGAAAGAGAAGCAGGAGCGCUUGCAGCGAGAAGAGGCUGAGAGGCGAAGCCGUGAGGAAAGCGAAUACAGGAGAGCAGAGGAGCAAGCGGAGCAGGAGGCUGAGGUUCAGCGCCUCGUUGAGGAGAAGAGGAGGAGGGAGGAGGAGGAGCAGAGGAGAGCUGAAGAGGAGCGAGCCCAGGCCAUGAAGGAGGCUGCCCUUCUUCUCAAACAGAGAGAGGAGGAAUUGGCUAAAGAGAGAGCACAAGCUGAACAAAUGAAGAAAGAAAGGGAGACGGCAGCUCACAAAGAGGAGGCCGAACGUCAAGCGCGAAAAAAGAGGCUUGAGGAGAUCAUGCGGAGAACCAGAAGAACAGAUUCUCCAGAUACGACAUCUGUAGCAGCGAGAGUCCUCCCAAACGAAGCCCUACCAAAGGAAAACACGGCGCCUGUGCACAACGGAACCAUAGAAGAUGGCGUCAAGCUGCCGGCGGGUGCUAAAACCACGCAGCUGGUGUUGAACAACGAGCCGGACGUGGUACCUGUGGUGGCCUUCAAAGAUCGAAGGUCACUGAGAGCACUUUCUGGCCUGGAGGAAAUCCAGACCCAACAACGAGCAGAAGUCAUCUGAGCUCCUGCUGAGCGGCCC